AUGGUAGUAACUGUCCAUUUCAUUGAUUCUGAGUGGAAGCUUCAUAAGAAAAUCCUUGCAUUUGUCCCUGUUACCUCUCACAAAGGUGAAUAUCUAGCCAAAGCCCUAGAAAAUUGUUUGCUAGAGUGGGGGCUUAGAGAUGUAUUUUCUGUGACUGUUGAUAAUGCCUCAUCAAAUGACACUACUAUGGGGUUUCUGAAGAAAAAAUUGGUGUCUUGGGGAUCAUCUACUGUGAGGGCAAAGUAUCUUCACAUGAGAUGUAUUGCCCAUAUCUUAAACUUAGUAGUUCAAGAUGGUCUGAAAGAUUGUGAUAGUUCUGUGAAGAAGGUUAGGGAGGUGGUUAGAUAUGUUAGAAGCUCUCUUGCUAGACUCAAAAAGUUCAGGGAUUUGGCUGAUUGGUUGAGUAUUGAACAAAGGUCUUCUGUGUGUUUAGAUGUUCCAACCAGAUGGAACUCUACCUAUUUGAUGUUGCAGUCUGCUUUAACUUACCAAAAAGUAUUUGAAUCUUUGGAGUCAGAUUGUUCUUCCAAGUCUGAUUUGGGUAAUUCAAUUCCUGAUUUUAUGGACUGGGAAUCUGUUGGCAGUUUGGUUCAGUUACUGAAGUGUUUUUAUGACAUGACCAUUAGAAUUUCUGGUUCUUUAUAUGUCACCUCAAACAUAUUCUUUACUGAAAUAUCUGAUCUGUACUGCCUAUUGAAAGGCAUGGUGGAAGUUGGUGGGCUAGUUGGUGUGAUGGGGAAAAAUAUGAAGGCAAAAUUUGAGAAGUAUUGGGACCCUAGAGACAAGUUAGAGUAUAUGCCUACUCAGUUUAAUCAUAUGUAUGGUGAGGAAAAGGGUAAACCAUUCUAUGAGAAAGUAGUUGCUGCUCUUGCUGAGUUAUUUGAUGAUUAUUCUACAUCUGCCUCUUCUUCUGUCCCUUCUGUGCCUGUGUCUGUUCAGGCUACAUCUGCCUCUUCUGUUUCUGUUGGGAAGCCACAACAUUUUCUGAAGUCCCAAAUUAAAAAGCAAAGAUUGGAGUCUGGGGGUAAGAAACAAACUGAAUUGGAUAUGUACUUGAGUGAGGGAAUAUUUGAAGAGGAAGAAUCUUUCGAUAUACUUGGAUGGUGGAAGAUCAACUCUGCUAGGUUUCAAGUUCUGUCUAAGCUUGCUAUGUCCUAG